AUGAUUCCCAAACUGUUCUGUUAUGAGAUUAAAGGAUGUGACCUGUCUCCAGUGCUGUUCCAUUUCUUUGCAUUGACUCCAUCUAGUGACUCAGUGUUUACACUGCGCUCUCUUUUGCUGUGUGUGGACUACUUGCCAGCCAUGAAGAAAGAAGUGUCUCUUCAGAGAAACAACGGAUUUCGUUUUCCUCGAUCCACAAGUGAUACGGACAAAACGCUGGAAAGAAGGAAACUGCAGGACACAAUCCAUUCUCUGCAAAAUCAUUAUAACACACUCAACACAGAAUGGGUUAAAAAGCCUGUUUUUGCUUCCCAUCUGGAAAAUCUGGAUUCCAGGACCAGUUCCUCGUGCACUUGCAAGACGGUGUUGCUUGAGGGAAUGCUGAAAAUCUACGAAGACAUCUUUACAGACAUGAAAAACAAGUCUGAGAAGAUAGAUGUGAAAACCAGUCUAGAAAACGUAAUGAAAAAUGUGACAAAGCUGAGAAGCAAUUACGGUGAAGAACAGAAAGUAUGGGAAGAACUUCAGAAAAUUCAUUUAAUAAAGGUGAAGGAUGGUACAAUCCAGAAAAAAGCCUUAAAUGAAUUUCUCAUGGUGUUUGAUCGGGCCAACUGA